AUGAAGGCGCAGAACAUUCGGACCCUUUCUCUCAUCCUGUGUAUGCUAUCCUACCUGCUUAUGGGAGCCGCGGUGUUCGACGCCCUCGAAUCAGAGACCGAGAACUCGAGGAAGAAGAUCCUGGAACAGAAGCGCAAUGAGCUGAAGAAGAAGUACGGAUUUACCGAUGACGACUACCGGGAGAUCGAGAGGGUGGUUCUACAGUCGGAGCCCCAUUGCGCGGGGAGACAGUGGAAAUUCGCGGGAUCCUUUUACUUUGCCAUCACCGUCAUCACAACGAUAGGUAAGUUAUUUUGCUAUGCCUUUUAGAAAUAUUUUCCAAGCAAGUCUUGGACUCUUAGGUUUAUGUGGUUUCUUUGCUCUGCAAGUUAAAUCAUCCAUACAUGACUCAUCCGUGGAUCCAUACAUCAUCCAUACAACAAAUCUGUUUGAACAUUUCCUCUACUCUUACGGGCGCUGACCAUGGUGCUGAAGCUGAAAUCCGGUUUAAAUUAUUUGUGAAACUGGCAGUUAUGAUAAUGCAGUUAUGGUGAUUGUGUUAAAGAGACUGCUGUUCUUUGGGUUAUUUAAAAGAGUUACUGUGUGUGUGUUGUUUGUGUGUGUGUUAAUGUACACAUAUGAUGUGUCUAUAACUUUGAUAUGAUUCUGUUCUGCAGGUUAUGGCCAUGCUGCUCCAAGCACUGAUGCUGGAAAGGUAUUCUGCAUGUUCUAUGCAGUUCUGGGUAUCCCUCUGACACUGGUCAUGUUCCAGAGCAUGGGGGAAAGGAUCAACACGUUUGUCCGCUACCUCCUCCGCAGGCUCAAGCGAUGCAUGGGCUUACGGAAGACUGACGUGUCCAUGGGGAACAUGGUGCUGGUGGGCCUCCUGUCCUGCAUGAGCACCCUCUGUGUCGGGGCAGCAGCCUUCUCCCACUUUGAGGGCUGGACCUUCUUCAACGCCUACUACUACUGCUUCAUCACGCUCACCACCAUCGGCUUCGGGGACUUUGUGGCCCUGCAGAAGAUGGAGGCCCUCCAGAGGAGGACUCCCUAUGUGGCCUUCAGCUUCAUGUACAUCCUGGUGGGGCUGGCAGUGAUCGGGGCUUUCCUGAACCUGGUGGUGCUACGCUACCUCACCUACAGCACAGAGGAGGGAACUAGGAGCCUGGAGGUGGAGGGAGAGGAGCAAAAGCCAGCAGUGCCUAAGAAGACAGGGGGUGGGGAGGCGGGGGAGGUGGAGGAGGCGGGGGAGGUGGAGGAGGCGGGGAAGGUUGGGGAGGUGGGGGAGGUAGGGGAGGUGGGGGAGGCGGGGGAGGCGGGGGAGGAGGAGGCAGAUGUGGAAGCAUCAGCGCGGGACAGAGCUGAUGGGAUAGAGAGGAUUAGAGCUGAGGAUGGGAACAGUAGCUGCUGUAACCUCUCCCUGCCCAUGGAGGGAGGUACCAGUCGUACCAAUCUCAUCCCCUCUCCAUCUGAGGAGCGUAGGGAGACCCCUGGGGGCAGGGACUCUGCUAAGCAUCCUGAGUCCCGCAUCAGCGCCCUCUGCUCCUGUAUGUGCUUCAGGCUGGGUGCCUCUGACAGCCCCUCUCCGGCGCACUGUGAGCACUCAGGCUGCCACAGCAACCCUGUCUUCUACAACUCGAUCUCCUACAGGGUGGAUGGAGCCUCCUGCAGCUCCAGGGGCACCUCAUCCCAGUCCUUCCCCAGCACCGAUGCCCUUUUCCUGGCGAUGAGCAGCCCUCACACACGGAGGAAGUCAGUGUAG